CCGUCAUAUAAAAAGCUUAUACCGUGAAACACCUUAGCAGCAAGCCUUUAUCGUCUCUAUACAUUGCAACCACCAACAAAAUCGUCAAAAUGUCUACUACCACUCUCACCACGCCUUCCGGCCCCGUCACGGUCAACAAAGUUGCGCAUGGUCUGAUGCUCAUGACAUGGAAAGUGCAACCGAAUCCUGACGAGCAGAGCUUUGCGGCCAUCAAGGCUGGCAUCGAUUCGUGCCCUCCUGGCGUCAAGAUGUUCUUGAACGGAGGCGAGUUCUACGGGCCCAACUUCGGCACCGCCAACAUCGAGAUGAUCUCGCGGUUCUUCGAAAAGUACCCCGAGUACGCCGAUCGAGCAUUCCUAUCCGUCAAGGGUGGCAACAAAGCUAACGACCUCACGCCUGAUGGUAGCGAGGAGAACGUAAAGCGCAGCGUCAACGCCGUCCUCGAGAAGCUACGCGGCAAGAAGAAGCUCGACCUCUUCCAGUGCGCCCGUGUUGACCCCAACACGCCUCUGGAGGUCAGCUUGGGUGUCCUCGCAGAGUUUGUCAAGGAGGGCAAGAUCGGCAGUAUCGGUAUGUCAGAAGUCAAGGCUGAGACUCUCCUCCGCGGCCACAAGGUCCACCCUAUCACUGCGGUAGAGAUCGAGGUCAGCCCUUGGGAGUACGGACCUCAGCAGAAGGCAGUGAUCAAAGCAGCUCAAGAGAACAACAUUGCUGUAAUCGCAUACUCUCCCAUAGGCCGAGGUUUCUUGACUGGUCAAAUCAAGAGUCUGGAUGAUAUCCCGGAGGGUGAUUUCCGUCGCAUGCUGCCACGCUUCCAGCCUGAGAACAUGUCAAAGAACUUUGAGAUUGUUGAGAAGCUGCAGGCGAUCGCUAAGGAGAAGGGUAUUACUUCUGCUCAGCUCUCGAUCGCAUGGGUUUCCUCUCUUGGCCCCCAUGUGCUCCCCCUUCCAGGUUCAUCCCAUGCUGAUCGCACGGUGGAAAAUGUCGGUGGAGGCAAGGUGCAAUUCACCUCGGCAGAACUCGCAAAGGUCAACGAGGUGAUCGAGAAUGCCGUGCUCUCCGGGUCGAGAUACCCUGGCUCUGACGAGACGAUGCACCUCUGGUCGUAAAUUUCGACUGAGCUCCUGUCCAAAGCUGUAUCAAUAGAACUUGUAUAGUUGACUGCGCAACAAUACCAAUGAAGUGAAUUUGGAACCUUG